AUGAGGUGUACUUGGGAUGAUCUUGGAGGCCUUGAAAAUGAAGAAGGAAAUCAUUGUUCAUACAUCGAACAUGCUAACGGUGUUGUAGAACAAUUUUGGUGCACUAAGGAAGAGGUUGACGCAUGGAAUAACCUCUCCAUAGAAGAAGUUCAAGCCAUGUGUGUGGAUGACGGUCCAUAUUUUGAAGAGCAAAAUGAAGGGGAAUGGGAUGUGGAUGACAACAUCUUUGACCAUCUCCCAUUGGACAUCAAGGACACCUUAUUAUCAACGAUCAAAGAAUACAAUAUACGGGUAACGUAUUCUCUCAUUGAAUCUCUUUUUACCUCUAAUGAGUUUGUUCAAAUGAUGGAACAAAGGAAGGAAGAAAACGCAAGAAAGCUGAUCAAAAAGGAAAAAGAGACCGAAAACAAAGUGGAAGGAAGACACAAGCAAGAGAACUCGGUGGAGAGUCGCAAAGAGGACAUAAUGUCCCAAGCGCAUCAUCCACUCGAGGAGACUUUACCUUUUCCUAUCCAUGCAACUCAUACAGUUAGCAUCAAAGAAGAGGAACGGGAGAAAGAAGACAUACAUAUUGUAUUGACAAGACCCAAAGAGGAUGGAAUGAACCACGAUAAAGAAGAUCCAAACACAUUCGAGAUAGAGCCAUUUCCAUCACCUCUAAGAAACCCGAGAAUCGAAUUCAUAUGGAUAAGCACUAGACCUUUACAUGAGGGAUUCUUCAAGCUUUCCAAGUACACGAGUGAGGGGGAAUGUGACGAGUUUGACAUGAACGAAGUGAACGAAGAGGUUGACAAAAUGAUAAGACGUUGUGGAGGAUUGCCGUUGGCUGUCAGAAUACUAGGAGGGUUGUUAUCCACCAAACGUACAGCAUCCGAGUGGAAAAUGGUACAUGAUAAUAUCGGAUCUCAAAUUAUAAGAGAAAUCAGCCCUGAUCAAAACGUUAAUCAAGCAUUCCAGGUGUUAUCUUUGAGCUACGAAGAUUUGCCAUUUCGUCUAAAGCAUUGCUUCCUUUACUUGGCCCAUUUUCCAGAAGAUUAUGAGAUAAAUACGGAAAAGUCCGUUCGAGAAAUGGCAGAAAUCUACCUUGAGGAGCUUGUUAAGAGAAAUUUGGUUUUAGUCUCUCAUAUAGAUGAUGUGAGCUCAAGAAUUGUCAAAAUUAGUGUGCAUGAUGUAAUGAGAGACGUGUGUUUGUUGAUAGCCAAAGAAGAGAACUUCCUUGAAGUGAUCAGUGCUAGGACUCUCUUUUCAAGCGUCAAUUCUUCAACUUCUGUGCCCAGAUUUAAGUCUCGCAGACUUGUUGUACAUUUUGGUUCGGUUGAUGCUCUGAACUUUGGAAAAUUACGUCUCAGAGUGCUAGAUCUUUAUCGAGUAUACUUUCCAGGAGGAAAGUUUCCAAAGAGCAUAGGGAAGCUCGUUCACUUGAGAUACUUGAGAAUAGAAGGGAUGAGUUUAUCAAAAGUACCAUCUUUUCUCGGAAAUCUAACGUUGUUGGUUUUUUUAGAUUUGGGGAUUUAUGGGCCAAAAGUUCAUAUACCCAAUGUUUUGAAGAGAAUGAAGGAUUUGAGAUACCUUGUGUUACCUUAUCGUCUCAGCAAAGAGACCAAGUUGGAAUUGGGUAGUCUGGUAAAGUUGGAGACCCUGGAGAACUUCUCGACGAAGCAUUGUAGAGCGGAGGACCUUCUCAGUAUGAAAAAUCUUAGGCAACUUCGUAUCAAUGUCUAUGGAACAUCGGAUGAGGAGGCUUUACUUUUAUCUCUCAAUAAUAAGCUGAAACUUGAGGAGUUUGUAUUAUGUCACCAUCAGACCGAGGGCCAUGUUAAAUUCGAUAUAGGAGGGCUCGUUUCAGGGUUCCCACGUCUCCACCAGUUAAGGUUGGAAGGCGUAAAGAUGGAAAGGUUGCCAGACAAACUCCAAUCUGCUCCAUGCCUCACGACUAUAUGGUUAAAGGGUUGUAGAAUAGAGGAGGAUCCAAUGCCCAUUCUUGAGAAGAUGCCUAACUUAAAGGAAGUUUGUUUACAGAUGCACAGUUUCGUGGAGAGGAAAAUGGCAUGUUCGAGAGACGGGUUCCCUCAAUUGCGUUCUUUGCAUCUGUACUCCUUACAAAAUCUAGAGGAGUGGGCGGUGGAAGAAGGGUCGACAAUGCCUCGUUUUCGUCGUAUAUGGAUCCAAUGUUGCCCAGAGCUGGAGAAGUUGCCUGAUGGGUUGAGAAACAUCUCUACUCUAAAGGAGUUGGACAUAGUGUUGAUGAAAAGGGAGUUCAUGGACAGGUUAGUUGAAGGCGGAGAACAUCAUUACAAGGUCCAACAUAUUCCUUGCGUCACAUUUGACCUUUGGGACGCAGAAUAA